GUGUGUUGGGUUUUAUUGGAAGCCCACCCUUGCGUGCUGCGCAGACACAUUCCGGGUUGCCGUGGAGCCAAGUGGGGACCAACCACUGAUCUGUAUAUUCAUGAUAGUCAUAAUAGUGGGGGCAAACUGGGAUCAUUCUACAGGUGCGAGUCUGGAACUCUUCGCAGAGAAUAAUUGGAAGUUGAGAAUAUAGUUGGAUAUAAUUUCUUGAUGAAGAACGAUGUUCUCUUAAUUUUUUUCAUAUGCUAAAAUUAGAAUGAAGUCUAUGGACAUUGUAACAGUGAACGAGGAAGAAUUUACCAAGAAAACAUUAUUUCAACUUGAAAGAAUAAUUCGUCCAAACUCACUCUCCAAGAAAUGGACUUCCGUUGCGUCGUCGGGAACAACUCAAUCAGUUUUUGCAAUGCUAUAAUGCACCCUAAUUGGAAUGUCGGAACAUAGUUUCUUUGCUUCGAUGUACAGGUAAUGUACUGAGCUGUACUAACUUGCCACAUCUGCGAGGAAAAAGGUUGGCGGCAACAUAGCAGCCCUGUGGGACUCCAACGAAUAGCAUUCUUUAUUCAUCAUCUUCAUUGCCAACUAUAUCGUUAUAUUCCUGUCGAGAAUUGAGCUGGCUAACUGGAAUGGAUUCUUUUAGAGGAUCACUUUGACUACUAUGUCUAAUCUUGAAGAUAUCAUGUGCUUUUACUCAAGGCCUCCUCUAGAUUAAGCCACAAUUACGGAUCUUGAUGGCAAUGGCUACAGAAGACAAACAGAUUCAAUACAGUCCACAAGGAACGCCGCGAUCAGCGGUCGAGUCAGUCAGGGAUGAACAAUUUUUAGAAGAGGUAAAACAAGAGGAUCAGGAGGUACAGCAAGAGGAACACGAAGUGCAGCAAGAGAAAGAAGACGUACAGCAAGAGAAACAAGAAGUCUCGCAAGAGGAGUCCACCGAAAUCCGAGAAACUACCACCAGUAAGCAGGACAGUGAUGAACCAACAGGCAACGAUGUUGAGUCUCAAAGAACUGCUGAAGAGACCGGAGAGGAAGGGACCAACGCUGAUGCCAAGGAAAGAAUCACGCUUGUUCUUCCUUCGGUCGCUGGGUUGGUCCUUGACCCAGAUAAAGCCGAAGUCGGAAAAGAUGGACUUGCCGAAAGCGUCAUUCUCGACGACGAUAAGGACAGCGAGGAAGAACUGCACCUACCGCAGAUUGAAGUUAACCAUUCGGGAAAACCUUCUGGGGAGGCCGGCCUUCCCACCUGGAAUGGGGGGUCGGAAUCUCCUUCCUUCCAGCCGUCGCAGAAACCACGCAGGGAAAUCAUCGCCGAGAAUGCGCAUCCCAAGUGCUUCGGGAACGUCGGCGCGGCGGGUUUAUCGCGCGUUUUCACGUCCGGUAGUUUCUGCCCUGAGCUUUCCAUUCGGGCCAUGGCUCCAAAAGUUCAAUCUAACGACAGAACAGUUGAAUACAAGCCGUCGCUACCGAACUUCAGGGAGAGAAGCAAACACGUCGAGCGGUGUAGGACUAUCCCAGACAUGGCGCGAAGGCAGAAAGAUUCCUUCAAGAUGCCCGAGAUACGGUCUUCGAAGGUGUCUCUGUUUGCGCGGGACGGCGAACGCGCGAAGAACCUGCAGUUUGGUCCUGCCUCCUCUUGGAACCUUGACCGCUCUAGGACUGAUAUGAGUAAGUCCAGGCUCCGUGAUAAACUACAAGACCAGCCGAAACGCCCAGAGAGCGAGAGUGACGAGUUAACGCCGUCGGAAUCGGGAGAAAUGGGACAAAAGAUCCACCAAUGGUUUAAGAAAGACCGGAAGAAGGAUCAGAAAAGCAAUAGCAACGUCAGGAACUCAAAGCGCUCAAAGAAUAUUUGGGACGCGGGCUUGCAAUCGCGUAUCCAUCGAGGACUAGCAUCAUCAAUGCUUAAACCGAACGAAUCCAUCGGGAACUAUUUGAAUGACGUCACCUCUAGUCGUUUCCCGCAAGUCGAGACAAGGCAAAUAGUGUCAACGAAAUCAUGAAACGAUUUCAAGUGAAACAAUGAUUCCUUAGACUCCAUGUUAUGCCAUGGCGUACAACUGCAACACUUCACUUCAAAAUUGACAUGCUUUAAACCACAAUAUAUUCAAUGGUAGUUAAGUUCGUUUUCAUUUAUAUAUCGUUGUUGUCGAACUGUUUCAGAAUGCUUUUGAAAUAUACUGCAGCUUGAAAUAUAAUUGGUAUCAUAAAAGCAAAAUUGAUGGAUAAAAAACGUAAAAUCUAG